GCAGGAGUGUCCUCUGCUCCAGCUCCGACAGUCAGACCGUGUCGUGAACGUGUGAGUAUCUCAUGGCAAGCCUCUCCAUAGCGUGUUUUGUGUUAUUGAGUGUAUUUGUGGUCCUCGGUGUCACCGGAGAUGAACUUACAACAACAGAAAUUCCGGAUUCAUCGAACGCUACGGACGCCCUAGAAACGGGAGAUGAUUUAGUCUCCGGUAUGACCGCGGUGUUCGAGACGAUGAGGCUGACGGGCUUGGAAGUCUCCCGGAACUCUACUAAAAAAGAAGUGUCUGUGAGCGCGCGUAUGAAGAUGUCCGACAUAAUGUUCAACCCCGUGAUGUUGCUACCGCAGUUGAUCAUGUGGGGAUUUGCGCCGAUCGUCCUCGCAAACCUGCAGAUGUUCGUGAUGCACGCGCUCAUGAUCAACAAGAUGGCGCUGUCCUCUGCCAUCUUCAUGACGCUGAGAAAUAUUGUGUUCGGUCCCCGUCCCGGCCCACUAGUCAAGUACGCCAACUACGGUUACAAGCACAAGCCCAAUCAUUACCACAGGAACAGGAGGUAGCAGUUGCCGUCACGCCGUCUAACUACUGUUCAAUCUCUUCAGGACUCCACUGACCACAGUUUUGAAUUUUAUCGCUGUAAAAUAUGUCAUUAUUUAUUUAUUUAAAUCAAAAAUCUUCUUGUUGUUAGUUUUUAUGUCUGUAAAUGAUAUAUAAUAUUUUAGAAUAAUUUAUAAAUAUUUAUUUAUUGCACAAUAAUAAAAAAUAGUCUGUGCCAUUUUGAUGCCAAAGCCAAAGCAUGUAAUUUAUAUAUAGUAUGCCAUGCCAUUUGAGUUCCAGUCAUCAGGAAGCAUUACAAAUUAAUGCUCCCCAUAGUAAUAUUCUAGUUUUGUGUUUUACAAGUGGUGUUUUAGAAAUAGUUUAUUUAUUACACAGUGUCUAUAAUUUAAAUUGUGUAAAGACGUCUAAAUACGAGUACUUAUGAUAAAAAACAAAUCUAAAAAAAUGAAAUGAUUACUUAAUACACAAUUUGGGAACUGGACAAUAAAUUCACUGUCAUUAGUUAGUCCUUAUUUUGCAGGAAUUGUGUAUUAUUUAUUGUUGCAUUCACCUUCAUUAUAUUGGAAACAAAUGGCAAUCCCCCUCCAAAUUUGGCAUGAGGUAGUAAAUUGAUAAAUACCAGGAUGCUUUAAUCAUUAUUAUAUACUUUUAAUUUUACGACAUUAAAAGUAUUAAAAACAACAUUUUUGUAGAAAAACCAAUUUUUCCUAAAAAGCGCUAACAAUUUAGAUUAAAAUAUUGCACUAUUUAUAACAUAUUAGAUGUUAACAGAAUUGCUUAAAUUGUAUGUCCAAAAAUAUUCUCUUUAAACACUUAUAAAGAUAAAAUUUCGAUUGAGAAGAACAUAAUUUGAAAUAUAUUACCUUAUUUUGAUUUUUACCAUCUAAGUUACUUUUUCACCUUAAAUUAGAAAGUUUUGGUUUAAAGAAAGAUUUUGU